UAAGUCUCAAUAGUUUAAGUACAGUGUUGGUUAUUUAAAAUGGGGGCCAACCCUAUUAAAGUGAUUUUUUUGGGGCCUUCAGGUGCGGGAAAAACUUCUAUUAUAAAGCGUUAUAUUGAAAAUUCUUGGAAGGAUAAUGGGAACAUGACCAUGGGGUGUGAUCUCUACACUUGUAAACAUGUCAUUAGUGACAUCUUUGAUUUGACUCUCAAAUUCCACUUAUGGGACACCGCCGGUCAAGAACGCUUCUGCUCCAUAAUUCCUCGGUAUUACCGCGAAGCGAAGGUUGCCUUAUUGGUUUUUGACAUCACUUCACAGAAGAGUUUUGAAAAAAUGAAGAGAUGGUUUGCAGAAUUGGAAAAUAAUGCAUCUCCGAUGGUCUUAUGUUUGAUAGGAAACAAAACUGAUUUAGACAAAAAAAGAGAAGUCACCAAAAACCAAGCCAAGCACUACGCUGAAAGUAUAAGUGCUUCUUACUACGAAUGUUCAGCGCAGCAAGGUGAGGGAAUUAGAGAAGUGUUUGAUGAUGUAGCUCGUCGUAUGAUAAGUCUACUUGAGAACAUAACUGGUUCUAGUGAGGUACGAUCAGCAGCCAACACAAAAAAUACAAUAUCACUAACGAGCAGAAAAGUUGGCCCUUCCGUAGAGAACAAUACAGUUACAAUCUCUGGUGGUACUAUUAAGUCACGAUGUUAUUGUUGAUUUUUGUACAACUUUUAUGUAUAGCCCCUAGAAAUACAUAGUAUCGUCAUCCAUUGUUGUACGAGUGGAGCAAAUGCAGUUGGUAACGCAAAAAAUUACCCUGGUUUGGAAACAAAUUGUGUCAGCAGAGAGUUGACAGGUGGUUGACAGUGCGUAAACCGUUGU